GUGGUUGUGCCCGCUGGUGGUGUGAGGGUCUGUGGUUGGUGGUUCAAUUGGUUGGCUGUUGGCAUAAACAAAGCGCCCGGGGGGUGGGUGACAUUUACCAUUUGCCACAGAGAGCGACAGAGAGAGAGCGCGCGCGCUGCACAGAGGGCGGGCAGGAGCGAGCCGCAGCUCAGCUAUUUUAUAAAUGCGAGUGCCGUCAGGAUGUCGACAUUCAGUCCACGCUAAACCCUCGACAAGGCAACAGCCCAGUGCACCCGGAAGCGAAUUUCCACGAGCAGAAAGUUUCGUCGAAAAGCGUACAAGUUUUCCCGCCAAAUGUGACACUUCUAUAUAAAUAUAUUUUUUUUUUGGAAACAACAAAAGAAAACAGACAAAUCUGAAAAGCUGGAAAAGUGCAUCAAGUGAAGCGAGAGAUAAAUUCGAAAGAUAUUCAAUAAACAAUGGCCAUUGCAUAUUUCAUACCCGACCAGGCCCAACUGCUGGCCAGAAGCAAUCAGCAAAGUGCUCAACAGGCCGCCGCCUCAACAGGAGCCGUGCCCCAGCAGCAGCAGCCAGGACAACAGCCAGGACAGCAGGCAGGACAACAACAGGCAGGACAACAGGCACCGCAGCCGCAGACGAGUCAGCAGCGACAGCAACGUCCCCAGUUCCGUGCCAACAUAUCCGUGCCUCUGGGCCGGCAGCAGGGAGCCAUGAGCAUGUCCGAGUUCGGCUGCUGGGACCUUCUGGCCCAGAUCUUCUGCUAUGCCCUCAGAAUCUACAGCUACAACUCCAGCCAGCGCCGGCCCACGGUCAUUCAGAUCUCCUUCGAGAUCAGGAGCGGCGGCCAGGAGCAGCAGCAGCAGCAGCAGGAGGAUCAGGAGGAGCACCAGCCGGAUGCGACUGAUGCCACAGGCAAGGGCAACUAAAUGUCUCCCGGAAACGCCUGGCAACGGGGACGGGACGGUGGAACACUAAAGCGAGAUUCUCUUUAGUUUCGGUGGCGGCAGGCUCAAUCAAAGCGCAUUGUGAUUUUUUUUUUUUUUUGGGAAUUGGACAGGACACGCGACGGUAGUGGAGUUUUGUAAAAAAAAGAAGAAAAAGAAAAAAUUGGAUAUUUCCAAAAAAUUAAAAGAUUUGAAAAUACAAAUUUUUUUAACUAUUUUUGAGAAGGAAAAUUAAUUAAGAGAGAGAGAGGGAGAGAGGAAAAUUCAAAAUUUGUCAUCGAUUUGCUGAAAGUGAUAUUUGAUUGUUGGUUACUUUUUUUGGGUGUCAAAUUUUCGGUUUUCAAUUUUUGGAAAAUAAUUUUAAGGCAACGGUUUCCGGGCUUUUGGUUCAAAACAAUUCUCAAACAUUUUUUUUAUACCAAGCAGUAAUUACUCAUAAAUCAUUAAUCAGUGUCUACAAAAAAAAUAAGGAAUAUUGUAUACUCGUAUAAGGUCCCCCCCCCCACACACACACACACCCACACACACACACACAAAUAUCGUAUUCAACUAUAAAAACUAUUGUCAAAUUUUUGCAUUUCAACUACUUAUAAAAUACCAUAAAUAUAGCGAAUAUACAACAACAACAAACAGAAGAAGAAAAAAAAUAAACUAUAGAGUACAGAUCUACCAUACAAUACGGAACCAAACAGCAGAAUAAAGAUGCAACAGACAACAAAAGGACAACAAAUCAAUUGUACAAAAUAGACUUAAGCAGACUUUAACAAUUUUUUAUAUGUAUACAAAAACAAAAUAUUAAAAAUAAUGAAUGAAUACAACAAAACUAAAUGUCAAUAAACUAUUUGCAAGAGAGAACCGCCGAGAACAGAAGAAAGCCAAAAAGCUGAGGAAACCCCCCCGCGAAGAACAAAUUACACACAACAACAACAAAAGAGAAGAGAGAAUUUUUAAGCAAUUUUGAUACAAUUAACACAAAACAACAAGAAAAUAUUUGAAAAUUAUUAUUGAUUUUAGCGAAAUUCAAAAUAUUAUUAUUUCCAUUUUUGGCAUUGAAAAUUAAAUCAUUAUACGAAAAAUUAAUCGAAUGUAUAAAUUAACAUUUAAACACCACAAUUUUUAUAUGAAACAAAAAACUUAAAUUAAAUAC